AUGUUCCCCAAGCAUCUAAGGUUCUCAAUUCAUGCACACUCUAAUAGUGGCCCUAAAUUUGGUAUUAGCCUUUGGGAUUCUGAUGAGUGCAGAGUCGUGAGAUCCCUAGACCUGGUAGCUGCACCAAACUUUGACGACUUACUACAUAUUCCAACGCCUUGGCAUAACUGUGUGCUUAAGCUAGAAGAUAGUCCACAUUAUUUUGUGACUAUUUCAGAUGUAAUUAGAAACGCAUUAGAGAAAGGAACACAUACUGGUAAUUGGGAUAAAAAAGAAAAAUGCUUCCUCCUCAAAAAGCUGACGUUGUGA